AUGGCUAGUCCUCACAACGAAUGUAUUGCAGACAGUUUAGACGAUUCUCCCAGCGAUUCAACCACCAUCGUCUCACCUACAGCAGACGCGCACACCCACACAAUCAUCUUCCUCCACGGCCGCGAAGACUUCAGCUCCGAUCUCGCCCAGUACUUCUUCGAUAGCAAGUCCUCGGAUGAUCGUUCAAUGGCAGAAAUAUUUCCUUCCAUCCGAUGGGUCUUCCCGACUGCCAAGCUGCGCUUCUCAGCACAGCGGGACUUUGAAUUCAGCAGCAGUUCAUUCACAGAAGCGUUGAAGGGUCCCGAGGAGAGACAGGAACUUAUGGUUCCGGGGUUGAGGGAGAGUAUUGGGGAGAUUGUGGAGAUAGUGAAAGAUGAAGCGACAUUGGUUCCUGUAGGGAAUAUCAUUCUUGGUGGGAUCAGUCAGGGUUGCGCGACCGCGGUCCUCACUCUGCUUGCUUCGGAUGUGGAGCUAGGAGGAUUCAUUGGUUGGUGUAGCUGGCUUCCGUUUCAGCAGGCUAUUGAGCGAAUUCAGAAAGAAAGCAAGGAUACAACUCCGAUCUUCCUCGCGCAUUCGCGAGAUGACGAGACGGUUCCGUUCGCGAUGGGAGAAGGUUUAUAUCAAACCUUAGAACGACUUGGGUUUAACGUAACUUGGAAAAAGUAUGAAGACGGAGGACAUUGGAUACAUGCUGAACAUGGAGUGGAUGACAUGUCCACGUUUCUUGAAGAUGUCAUGAAGGACUGA